AGACAAAUAUAAUAAAUAUGAUAAUACCAAUUCGGUGUUUUACCUGUGGCAAAGUUAUUGGUAACAAAUGGGAAUCUUACCUAGGCUUGCUACAGGCUGAGUAUACGGAAGGUGACGCAUUGGAUGCUUUAGGAUUAAAGCGUUAUUGUUGCCGUCGAAUGCUGCUUGGCCAUGUGGAUCUCAUUGAGAAGCUUCUCAACUAUGCACCUCUCGAAAAGUAACAAAUGGACGCUACACUUGGGACAGUUGGGAUUAUACGGAACUUAAACGACAAACUUUAUAUUUUAUUGUAAAAAUAAAUUAAAGCUCAAUUUAAGAAAAAA